CAGGGCUUGGCAUUGUCUUGAUUCAGAGCUCUGUGAGUCUGUGACUAGCAGCGCCUUUGUACGUCUGCUCUUUGCUCCACCACCUUUGUUGAUUGUGAUCUGGGGCAAGAUGGGGCAGAAGAAGCAGAGAGGCAAGGAAGGCAAUGCCGCAAACUACACCACCCGCAAUCAGGCGCUGAUUCGGUUGCAGAUUAAGCUGCCAGAGUUCAGGCGCCUGUGCAUUCUCAAGGGUAUCCACCCCCGCGAGCCGAAGAAGAAAGUGCAUGGACACAACAAGACCUACUACCAUGUCAAGGACAUCAACUUCCUGCUCCACGAGCCGCUGCUGCAGAAGAGCAGGGAUAUCAAGGCCCAUGAGAAGAAGGUCAAGAAGGCGCGGGCCAAGCUUGACGAGGCGCUGGCAGAUCGGCUCAAGGCCAAUGCCCCAAAGUACAGUCUUGACCACCUGGUCAGAGAAAGGUACCCUUCUUUCAUCGAUGCCCUCCGCGACUUGGAUGAUGCGCUGACAAUGCUGCACCUGUUUGCGACCCUCCCAGCAGACAGCAAGCACAGGAUUCCAGCCAACCUGGUGCAAACAGCGCGCAGGCUGAGCCUGGAGUGGCAGGCAUACAUCACCAAGACGCACGCCCUUAGGAAAGCGUUCGUCUCUGUGAAGGGCAUCUACUAUCAGGCGGAGGUCGUGGGCCAGAAGAUCACGUGGAUCGUGCCGCAUGCGCUGAGCCAAGUCCUGCCCGAGGACGUCGACUACCGGGUCAUGCUGACCUUCCUGGAGUUCUAUGAGACCUUCGUGGAGUUCGUCAACUUCAAGCUGUACCACUCCCUGGGCCUCAAGUACCCCCCCGCUCUUGACACAAAGCUCGAAGAGGUGGCUGCGGAGCUGGCGGCCGCAGUCAGCUCCCUAGCAGGCGAAACAGAUUCACCACAAACGGGGGGGCAGCUGGAAAACGGCGCCGGAGCCUCUGGUAGGGGGGAGGAAGACAGUGCAGAAGGACCCCCAGAAGGGGAAAAGCUAGUGGCCUUGAAGGAGAAGCUCGGGGUGUCGGUAGCAGCGGGUGGGGACGCGAACGGGGGGGUCGAGGAGGCUGGGCCGUGGGGGGGGGGAGAAGCGGAAGAAGACGAGGGGGAAGACGAGGAGGAUGAGGAGACGAAAGCAUGCAGAGGGCUGUUCAAGGGGCUGUUCUUCUUCCUGGCGAGAGAGGUGCCCCACGAAUCUCUACUUUUCCUCAUUCGGGCCUUCGGUGGGUCGGUCUCAUGGGAGGGUGAGGGCGCGCCAUACCCGGAGAGCGAUGAGCGGAUUACGCACCAGAUCGUGGACCGGCCCACGCAGGGACACCGCUUUUUGUCGCGGGAGUACGUCCAGCCCCAGUGGGUGUACGACAGUGUCAACAACCGGCUGCUGCUGCCGACAGAGGAUUACCCGGCUGGCGGGUCGCUACCCCCCCACCUGUCGCCCUUCGUCGACAACGAGGCGGAGGGCUACCUCCCCGAGUACGCCGAACAAAUCCAACGGCUUCGGGAUGCCGCGCGAGGCAGCCUCGGGGGCGUGCUUCCGCUUCCGGGGGGCGCCGAAGAGGGCUUAGAAGAGGGAGCUGCCGCGAAAGCCGCCGCCGAGAGGGGGGAGGAUCUCGCGGCCGCCGCGAAAGCUGCGGAAGUCGCGAAAUUGGAGCAGGAGUAUCUGGAGGAUCUGCGGAAAGAGGUGGCGGGGGUGCCGUAUUCUGCGACGCUUGGGGGGGGUGCAACGGAGGAGAGGGAUGAGGGGGGGGCGGAAGACGAGGCGGACGAGGGGGGGGUGUCUGGGAAGGUGACGGACGGGGCACGGGCGGAGGAUGAUGACAAGGCGAUGGAGCGCAUUAUGAUGCCGCGGAAGACGAAGAAGCUGUAUGAGGCGAUGCAGAUGGGCAUCGCCGCCAAGAAGGCCGGAGUAGAUAGUCUGAAGAAGAAGCGGAAAGCUGCCGCUGCUGGUAAACUGAAUGUCGUCAAAAAGCCGAGAGGUGCCUGAACGGACGUGCUAGGAUGAGGCAAAAGAGCUUGGGAUCGAGCUCGAUAGGCAUCCGCUAUCUGAACGACAUUCCUCGACAACUGUGUCAAUGGGUCCGUCCGAUGCAAGGUCUAGCUAGAAGUCUUGUUCAUGCAUGUGAAAUCAGAUGCAAUCUGGACAACGACAGCUUUUCCUUAAGUUGCUCGCAUCUGACGCCUUUGCAGCGGACUUGUAAUGAAAGGCAACCAGCUUUCGCAUGGCA